AGCUCAUUCCUCAAAAACAAAAAAACAUAAGUUUUCACUGUGGAUGCUUCACAGUGGAAACCCUCUGAUCUUCAUCAGAGGGAUUUAUCAUCUAUAUUCAGAGAGGGAAAACUGAGUAUAGUGGAGGAAUGCAGGUCCAGUCGGUGCCUCUCGGCUCGGUCACCAUCGGACCGGAGUCUUGGCGCGAUGCUACGGUGCGCUCCAUCGGGCAUGCGGAGCUCGUUGUGCGGCAGACUCGAGCCGGGCGGUCGGGGUCCUGCAGCCGGAUCCGGAGCUGCAGCGCCACCGCCGGUUUCAGCCCAAAGCGCACAGCGGAAACAACCGAAGGAGAUAAGAUCACAGGGGAGGAAUGUGGAGAGAGUCGUGACUGCAUCUGCAAAACGUCGAGGAGGCCUCAAACCACAGGAGAGAUGUUCUCCAGUGGCUCCCGGAGGACAUCUGUGGCUCCGUUCCCACCUACCAGCUUGCGUGAGAAGUGUGCCGAGGCCAGCGUUUCCGUGGCCGCUGAGUACAUGCGGAGGGUGCGGCAGGUGGAGGACCGGCUGCGCAGGCAGGCCGGCACAGUGACCCAGGAGGGCUUAAAGCUGGAGAGGGAUAGAGGUCACCUGGAGCUGGUGCUGCGGAACCUCCGGGCUGAUCUGACUGUCAACAGGAGGAGCUCGGAGGAGAGGACCAGGAGGCCAUCCACUGCUGAGACGGUGAGAGACGGUGCUGAUUACUUGUUGUUGUGUGAGAGGAGAGAGCUGGCCCAGUUGAAACAGGAUCUGGAGGGAAUUCUGAGAAACACACUGACCCAGCUACAGUCCCUGGGUCAGAGCAGCAGAGAGCUGCUGGACUGUGCCAGUGAGAGGGCUCGUGUCCUGGACCUCCUGCCUCGCAGAAGCUCUUUUAGAAGACACUGCAGCGCUGUUCACACCGAAACGGACCCCGUCGGCCCCUUCACACCAGAAUGUAAACAGGUUUUAGAGUCGUCCACUUUGACAGUCCACCAGUCACAGCUACUGAGGGAAAACAUCAGACGGUUAAUACCCAGUGCAAUCAGCAGACAGAAAGCUGCUCACCACAGCGUCAAUGACGGCCUGGUGAAGAAAAUUGCAGAGACAAUCAGUCUGCAGCAAAACCUGAGUCUGAUGUCUGUGGCCACCAGGCAGGCCAUUUUUCGCAAGCGGAGGGAAAUUAAUUGUAUUCGUCAAAGCCACGACACAGCGCAGGGUCCAGACUACAGCGGUGACUUACUGUCCAGAGAGAAGCUCAACAGGCCUAUAGUGCAGGUUUAUCAAAGACACCCUGGGACACAGUUACCUGAGGCUGCUCAUCUCAUACAGGGCAGUGAAGUGCUGAGGCGAUAUCUAACGUCCUCUGAAGGGGAGCUGACGAGCCUGCAGCGGGCCUGUCUGCAGCUGCUGGACGACCACCACGGCAAGAGAGUAGCAGCUCAGGUGGAUUCAGCUGUCGUCCGCAUGAGACGUCAGCAUGUCCACAAGCAAGGCAUUCCUUCUUUCCUCCAGCAGGGGGCGUUCUGAAGCCAACUGCAUUGUCUUGCAUUCAGCAGGGCUGCAGCAGACAUGCAAGCAGAGAGAGAAGAAAACUCUAUGUGUGUUGGGAGAAAUAGGGAGCAGCCAUGUGCAAAAUGUACUGGUUCAAGAUUAAUAAAAUGGGAUAUGACACCCCUGUUCACAUACUCU